CUUCGAAGGUAGGCCGACAUAUUAAAGAUGGGGCGACGACCAGCCCGUUGCUACCGCUACUGUAAAAACAAGCCCUAUCCUAAGUCACGGUUUUGCCGUGGUGUCCCAGAUCCAAAGAUCCGAAUCUUUGAUUUGGGCAGGAAGAAGGCUCGCGUUGAUGAGUUCCCUCUCUGCAUCCACUUGAUCUCCGAUGAGUAUGAACAGCUGUCAUCGGAAGCUCUGGAGGCUGGACGUAUCUGCGCCAACAAGUACCUUGUAAAGGUCUGCGGCAAGGAUUCUUUCCACUUACGAGUGCGCUUACAUCCCUUCCACGUCAUCCGAAUCAACAAGAUGUUGUCAUGUGCCGGUGCUGAUCGACUUCAGACCGGUAUGCGUGGAGCUUGGGGUAAACCACAAGGAACUGUGGCCCGUGUCAACAUUGGACAGCCAAUCAUGUCAGUCCGCUCCAGAGAGCAGAACGAGGCUGCUGUGAUUGAGGCCCUCAGGAGAGCUAAGUUCAAGUACCCAGGCAGACAGAAGAUCGUGAUGUCCAAGAAGUGGGGAUUCACCAAGUGGCCCAGAGACUGCUACGAGGAUAUGUGCUCUGAUGGAGGCCUGAUUGCUGAUGGCGUUGUUGUGCAGUACAGACCCAACAAGGGACCUCUGAACAAGUGGAGGAAGGACCAGACUAACAUCAGGGCCUAGACACUGUAGGAACAGACAUGGUCAUGUGAAUAAAGAGCUGGAGAAAUA